AUGACGGAACGAAAGCCUCGAAAGUCGAGGAGAGACUACGGAUGCCUUCUAUGGGGUUCUCUUGCCUUGCUCUCCUGUGGUUCAUGUCUGGUGCGGAGUCCUCCGGACUGGUGGAAGGCCGGGCGUCCGCGGCGGAGGCCGGGAAGCCUGGCAGAGGCUGAGCUGCUGUCGCACCUGGCGGUGCUUUUGUUGCCGGAGGAGCCGAUCGCAGAGCUCUUCCGGGACUUUCCUGCACAGAAAAGUGAGGGGUGGGGCAGCAACACUUUGAGUCCCGACAUGGCGCUGUAUGGUGCUUUGGAAUCAGAGGAGGCGGCUCUGUUCUUGGAGUAUGACGGCUUCUAUCGCCAUCAGAAGCCCACGGGCAUUGCAGCUGAUAGUCGCAAGAACACGGCACUGCUGGAUUUGGCUCCUAACGGAUCCUACGUGUUGCGCAUAGCCCAUGCCGAUCGUGGACUGGAGCUUUCGUGCGAGAUGGGGGAAGUUGUUGUGGACUCGUGGCGGCCUGGCGACGACUCAUCUUUGGUUCAAGCACUGCUUCACGUUGCGGAGUUCUUGUUGAAGGAGCUGGGAGUAGUAAUGCAUCCCGAUCGAAGAGCAAGUCUGCAGAACUUUGUUGAUGAUCCUGGUGGGAGCUCCCGCCAAGCAGCAGUUGAGUUCACGGAGACAGUAGCUGCGCAGCGCGACUGUGACUUCGACCCAACACGUCUGCUUGAAUUUCUGCAGAUGCAGCUAGACGUGUCCAUUUCCGAAGCGGAGGAACUUGCAGGGAAAUGCCCUGCUCUGGCACGCCGCGACAUCGACAAAAAACUCAAGCCCAUGAUGCAACAACUGGAAGUCUGGGGCCUGAAGAAGGCUCAAGUUGCGAAGGUGCUUGCUCGAUAUCCCCAAGUGUUGGGAUACAGCAUCGAAGAGAAGUUGAAGCCCACGGUCCAUUGGCUGCGAGAUUUGGGCCUCAAGAAAGUCGAGGUUACCAAUGUGAUUGUCCGAUCUCCACAAAAUUUGGGACUCAGCAUCGAGGAGAACUUGAAGCCUACGGUGCAGUGGCUGCGAGAUUUGGGCAUUACGGAAGUCGAGGUUGCCAAAGUGGCUGGUCGGUUUCCGCAAGUUUUGGGACUUAGCAUCGAAGAGAACUUGAAGCCCACGGUCCAGUGGCUGCGAGAUUUAGGCCUGAAGAAAGUUGAGGUUGCCAAAGUCAUUGCAGGAUUUCCGCAAGUCUCGGGAUACAGCAUCGAAGAGAACUUGAAGCCCACGGCGCAGUGGCUGCGAGAUCUGGGCCUGACGAAAGCCGAGGUUGCCAAAGUCGUUCCACGUCGUCCGCAAGUCUUGGGACUCAGCAUCGAAGAGAACUUGAAGCCCACAGUACAGUGGCUGCGAGAUUUGGGCCUGACGAAAGCCGAGGUUGCCAGGGUGAUUGCUCGACAUCCGCAGUUGUUGGGAUACAGCGUCGAAGGGAAUUUGAAACCGACGGUGCAGUUUCUGCGAGAUUUAGGCCUGAAGCAAAACGAGGUUGCUAAAGUGAUUGCUCGCUUUGCACCGAUUUUGUGGCUCAGUAUCGAAGCGAACUUGAAGCCGAAGGGGCGCUUGCUUUUGGAGUGGUUCUCGUCUGAGAAGAUUCGCCAUUUGCUCGUCCACCAUCCGUGCAUCGUGUGCCUCAAGCGCGAGCGCUGGGUUCGCCGGCACCAGCUUCUCCAAGCAUGCGGCAAGCUUUCUGCGUUCGUGUCUGCGAUGAAAAUGACAGACGCGGAUUUUGCCAAGAGAUAUACGAGGACAGAUUCCAAGAUCAUGCAGCAGGUUAAAACGCAACAACAAGCGCUGCAGGGCCUCCUUCUGAACACUUCUCAGCCUUCCAAUCUUCUCUGCGACCCUGUGAUCCUCCGGAAGUCCUUCUACUAUUUUCGGGUGAAGGCGCCACUUUGGGAAGAGCUUGCACAGGACCGUCGCGAGGCGGACCAGCCUUCUCUCCCUCGGCGACUGCAGCCGGAGCAUGAGGGCCGUCGAGAGCAGAAGGCCACGGAGAGCCUUCGGGUGGCUUCUGUCGGGCCUCCUGGCAUUGGUCCUGUCUUCCUGCAGUUUGUGCGCAGUCCGCAGCCGGGAAGCCUGGCAGAGGCUGAGCUGUUGUCGCACCUGGCGGUACUUUUGCUGCCGUCAGAGCCGAUCGAAGAGCUCUUCCGGGAUUUUCCUGUGCAGAAAAGUGAAGGGUGGGGCAGCAACACUUUGAGUCCCGACCUGGCGGUGUAUGGCGCUUUGGAAUCAGAGGAGGCGGCGCUGUUCGUGGAGUAUGACGGCUACUAUCGCCAUCUGAAGCCCGCGGGCAUUGCAGCUGAUAGUCGCAAGAACACGGCGCUGCUGGAUUUGGCUCCUAACGGAUCCUAUGUGUUGCGCAUAGCCCAUGCCGAUCGUGGACUGGAGGUUUCGUGCGAGAUGGGGGAAGUUGUUGUGGACUCGUGGCGGCCUGGCGACGACUCAUCUUUGGUUCAAGCACUGCUUCAAGUGGCCGAGUUCUUGUUGAAACAGCUGGGGACAUCAAUGCAUCCUGCUCGAAGAACAAGUCUGGAGAGCUUCGUUGAUGAUCCUGGUGGGAGCUCCCGCCAAGCAGCAGUUGAGUUCACGGAGAAAGUAGCUGUAGAGCGUGAGGGUGACAUCGAUCCAACACAGCUGCAUAAUUUUUUGAGGAUGCAGCUAGGUGUUUCCAUUUCCCAAGCGGAGGAGCUUGUGGUAAAAUGCCCUGCUCUAGCACGCCACGACAUCGACGACAAACUCAAGCCCAUGAUGCAACAGCUGGAAGUCUGGGGCCUGGAGAAGUCUGAAGUUGCGACUGUACUUGCUCGUCAUCCGCAAGUUUUGGGAUACAGCAUAGAGGAGAACUUGAAACCCACGGUGCAGUGGCUGCGAGAUUUGGGCCUGACGAAGGCCGAGGUUGCCAAAGUGAUUGCUCGAUAUCCGCAGUUAUUGGGAUACAGCGUCGAAGGGAAUUUGAAGCCCACGGUCCAGUGGCUGCGAGAUUUGGGCCUGACGAAGGCCGAGGUUGCCAAAGUGAUCGCUCGACAUCCGCAAGUUUUGGGACUCAGCAUCGAAGGGAACUUGAAGCCCACGGUGCUGUGGCUGCGAGAUUUGGGCCUGACGAAGGCCGAGGUUGCCAAAGUGAUUGCUCGAUAUCCGCAGUUAUUGGGAUACAGCGUCGAAGGGAAUUUGAAGCCCACGGUCCAGUGGCUGCGAGAUUUGGGCCUGACGAAGGCCGAGGUUGCCAAAGUGAUCGCUCGACAUCCGCAAGUUUUGGGACUCAGCAUCGAAGGGAACUUGAAGCCCACGGUGCUGUGGCUGCGAGAUUUGGGCCUGACGAAGGCCGAGGUUGCCAAAGUGAUUGCUCGAUAUCCGCAGUUAUUGGGAUACAGCGUCGAAGGGAAUUUGAAGCCCACGGUCCAGUGGCUGCGAGAUUUGGGCCUGACGAAGGCCGAGGUUGCCAAAGUGAUUGCUCGACAUCCGCAAGUUUUGGGACUCAGCAUCGAAGGGAACUUGAAGCCCACGGUGCAGUGGCUGCGAGAUUUAGGCCUGAAGAAAGUUGAGGUUGCCAAAGUCAUUGCAGGAUUUCCGCAAGUCUCGGGAUACAGCAUCGAAGAGAACUUGAAGCCCACGGCGCAGUGGCUGCGAGAUCUGGGCCUGACGAAAGCCGAGGUUGCCAAAGUCGUUCCACGUCGUCCGCAAGUCUUGGGACUCAGCAUCGAAGAGAACUUGCAGCCCACGGUCCAGUGGCUGUGGGAGGUGGGCCUGACGAAAGACAAGGUUGCCAAAGUGAUUGCUCGAUUUCCGCCAGUGUUGGGAUACAGCAUCGAGCAGAACUUGAAGCCCACGGUGCAGUGGCUGCGAGAUUUGGGCCUGAAGAAAGCUGCGAUUGCCAAAGUGAUUGUGCGACAUCCGCAGUUUUUGGGACUCAGCAUCGAGGAGAACUUGCAGCCCACGGUCCAGUGGCUGCGGGAGGUGGGCCUGACGAAAGACGAGGUUGCCAAAGUGAAUGCUCGCUUUGCGGCGAUUUUGUGGCUCAGCAUCGAAGAGAACUUGAAGCCCAAGGUCCAGUGGCUGCGAGAUCUAGGGCUGACGAAGAGUGACGUUGCUAGAAUUAUUUCUAGCUCCCCAACAAUCCUGGCCUGUAGCCUUGAGAGAAAUUUAAAGUCGAAGGGUUGCUUGCUCUUGGAGUGGUUCUCGUCCGAGAAGGUUCGGCAUUUGCUCGUCCACUACCCAUGCAUUCUAACCCUCAGACGUGAGCGCUGGAUUCGCCGGUCCCAGGUUCUCCAGGCAUGUGACAAACUUUCUGUGCUUGGGUCUGCGAUGAUAAUGACAGACACAGCUUUUGCCAAGAGAUUCGAUAACAGAAUGCAAGAUCAGCUGGUGCAAAGAAGGUGA